AACAAGAGUGCUUUGUCAUUGUCUGGGCUACUACUUAUUUUUGUCAAUACCUCCAUGGUAGUUGUUUUACCUUGGUUACUGACUACUUGGCACUUGAGUUAUUGUUAAAGAAUAUUCUGUCUAAAGGACUUCUUACUUGUUGGAUCUUAUUUUUGCAAGAAUAUGAGUUUGUUAUAGUCUACUAUUCUGGUAAACAACACUCUAAUACAGACAGUCUUUCUCAUAUAAUAAACUCUUCAGAUCAAAAACCUGGUCAUCAUUGCCCCUAUUGUCUUGCUUCAUACAAUUUUAAGACCAAAUUGCCUCUAAGUCAAAAACCUCUACAAUUUGUACAAUUUUGA